AUGUAUCUCGACUUCAAUGGAAUCAUUCACAACUAUGCGCACUUUAGGAUGUCCGAAAAGCAAAUAUUUAUUGCAGUAGACGGCGAAGCAAAGGAAAUCAGAGAGAAGGCUGAGUCGAAAGGAGAAGAACUACCAGAUGAGAAGGCCUUUGAUAGUAAUUACAUUACGCCAGGCGCUCCUUUCACGAAGAUUACCGAAGAUACUAAUUGGCGUGGCGUGCAAGCUGUAUUAUCCGGUCAUGAAGCACCGGGUGAAGAGCCUGAUUAUAACCCGAACGUGCGGCAUUGUUUGUACGGUCCUGAUGCCGAUCUCAUCAUGCUUAGCCCUCUGAGUCAUGAUCCACACUUCUGUCUCUUGCGAGAGCAAGUAAAGUUCGGGCCUGCCGCGAAGAGGAAGGAGCGAGUCAUCGAUGACUUCAUUCUCCUGGCCGUCUUCGUCGGAAACGAUUUUUCUACCUAA